GGAGCAUACAGACUGGCCCUGGACUGUACUGCUGACCUAGAAUGGCCCAGAACGGAACAACAGAGAACGGAGUAGCCAAAGAGAUCCCAGAUUUGCCUUUUCCUCAGCCUGUCAAAGUCCAGGAUGUCAGACACACCAAGAUUUUUAUCGGCAACGAAUGGCUGACAUCCAGCAGAGGAAGGACAUUUCCAACCUUCAACCCAGCAACAGGUGUCAAAAUCUGUGAUGUGGAAGAAGCAGACAAGGAAGAUGUGGACAGGGCGGUGGAGGCAGCCCAGGCGGCCGGGCAGAGAGGCGCUCCGUGGCGGAGGAUGGACGCGUCCAGCCGCGGAAGGCUGCUGCACAAACUGGCUGACUUGAUGGAGAGGGACCGGCUCCUGCUGGCGACCAUGGAGACUCUGGACACAGGGAAGCCCUUCCUGCAGUCCUUCUUCAUUGACCUGGACGGCAGCAUCAAAACCCUUCGCUACUAUGCAGGCUGGGCCGACAAGAUCCACGGAAAGAGUCUACAUGUAGAUGAAAGCUUCAUGUGUUUAACCAAACACGAGCCUGUUGGCGUGUGUGGAGCCAUCAUUCCAUGGAACUUUCCUCUGCUGAUGUUCAUGUGGAAGAUAGCGCCGGCCCUGAGCUGUGGAAACACUGUGGUCAUCAAGCCAGCAGAGCAGACCCCCCUCACGGCCCUCCACAUUGGAUCGCUCAUCAAAGAGGCAGGCUUCCCUCCUGGAGUUGUAAACAUCGUUCCAGGGUUUGGUCCCACAGCAGGAGCUGCCAUCGCCAGCCACAUGGACAUCAACAAAGUGGCCUUCACUGGUUCCACAGAGGUGGGCCAGCUGAUCAAAGAAGCAGCAGCCAAAAGUAAUCUGAAGAGAGUGACUCUGGAGCUGGGAGGGAAGAACCCCUGCAUUGUGUUUGCUGACUGUGACUUGCAACUGGCUGUGGAGGAAACCCAGAAAGGAGCUUUUUAUAACCAGGGUCAGUGCUGCACAGCUGCAUCACGUGUCUUUGUGGAGGAAAGUAUUUAUGAAGAGUUUGUGCGUCGCAGCAUAGAAAACGCCAAGAAGAUUGUGAUUGGAGACCCGCUGGACCCCCGGACAUCACAUGGGCCACAGAUUGACCGACAGCAGUUUGACAAGAUUAUGGACCUGAUAGAGAGUGGUAAGAAGGAGGGAGCCAGGCUGGAGUACGGAGGAGCAGCUGUCGGCGAGAAGGGCCUCUUCAUUCAACCCACCAUCUUCUCCGGGGUCAAAGACCACAUGCGCAUCGCCAAGGAAGAGAUCUUUGGUCCAGUGCUGUGUAUAUUCAGCUUUAAGAGCCAGCAGAAGGCCAUAGAGAGAGCAAACAGCUCACAAUAUGGCCUGGUGUCAGCAGUCUUCACAACGAGUAUGGACAGAGCUCUGUCUGUGUCUGCAGCCCUGGAGACUGGCACUGUUUGGAUAAACUGCUAUAACGCCCUACAUGCCCAGACUCCCUUUGGAGGGUAUAAGAUGUCAGGCAACGGACGAGAGCUUGGAGAGUACGCCCUGGCCGAGUACUCGGAGGUGAAAGCAGUGACCGUCAAACUGAGUGAAACCCUGUGAGAAGAACUGGGAAAAGCCAGCUCUGCACUUCCCAUUCUGCCAGGCCACAUCACGAUUCUCUACCACCCACACACUCUCUUCUUUGUCCUCAGUCACGCUCAUGAUGUUGAGAUUAGGCUUAGGCCGAUAUGUUGUCUAUACAGUGUAUCGGAGCCCAAAAAGAGUCAUGGUUUGUUCACCUUUCCUGUGAUAUACUGUAGGUGAUGAAAGGGUUUUACUCAACAGCCUCAGUAAUGUCAGUAUAUAAAACCAGCGAUGCUCUAUUGUACACCAGCAUAUUUUUCUAAUAAUUUAAUCAAGAAUUUCCCUGAAAUGAAUAAGUGUUUUGGUACUAAAGUAAUUAUGGGGAAAAUAGAGACAGUGUUUGCAACUAAUAACUAAUUCCAAGUCAUUGCUGGCUUAACCCAUAGAGAACAGCAGGCCAGCUGAACAUGCUCAUAUGUGGAAUCUGUCUACAGUCAAAGCAGAAGAAUAUGAGUUUAAAUGAGAUAUUCUGAUUUUAACUAUAAUUAAUUCCAAACUAGAGCUCUUUCUUGGAAAAUACAACAAGUAAAAAUUACAAGAUAAGAUCACUUCACAAAAAAAUCUCAGCACAAGAUCCUCUCUUCGGGACGUUUUCGAGCAUUCAGCCACAUGACGUGGCCUUCGUCAGUGGAUGGAGUCUGCUCACUCAUCGUGGAGAUGGUUUCUUUCAGCAAAGACACUAUAUGUGUAACCAUGAGAUCACACCAGAACCAUCAGGUGGAAAAGCUCUGAAAAAUGUCCCAUAAGUGGACUUGUGCUUGGUCCCAGGUCAAUACCAAGCCCCUUUUUUACUUUAACUACUUUAGUAGUUAUAAUGAGACAUGUUUCCCUGUCUAAUCCAGUUCUUGAAGCAGAUUGAUUACUUGAGAUACAUAAAUGUACAAAAGAUAGUUAUUAAUCAACAAUUUCUGCAGACAAUUUCUACAAAUUCAUCAAAUCUCCCUACAUGGGACAAUGUGGGAUGGCCAGAGAAAAAAAAUGCAGUUUAUUUUUGUAAUUGUUGAGCAGCUGAUGCAUGCAGGUACUUUUUGUUUCUAAUUCCGAGCACUGAUUCUGACCUGGUGUGAUUAAAAAUGAAUGUCCUCUGUGCUGAGGAGAAUGUGCCUUCCCUUUCAGACAUUGGAAGGAACUCUUGUCCCAGAUAAGGUGACAUUUACCUUGCCAGUAACAUUUUAGUGCUGUAUCGGCAACAACGUUAUCAUUGCAUGGAUAGUGUCAACUUUAACUUUUUUACCAACACAUGUUCGAGUGUUUGUUAUCCACAUGGGAAGCAAGCCUGCCUCUGCAUUUUUAUCACAUUAGUUUUGUAUUUAAAUAGAAAUUCUAAAUAAAGAAAUUCAAAUACA